AUGGCGGCUGUAUCGGUUGAGGAUAUCAAGAUUGAAGACAUUCCCGUCGACGACAUCGAUUUUUCUGACCUGGAAAAGGAAUUUCAAGUUGAUUCCGAUGUCAACUUUGACAACUUCGUUGUAGUUGACGGCGCACCUGUUGCGCCAGAAUCGAAGGUCCCAAUACUUUCCAAAGUGCUAGGAAAACUUUUCUCGCAAGCCGGAAAAGUGGUGGACAUCAAUUUGCCUCUGGACGAUGCCAAAAAGUGUACCAAGGGCUACCUAUUCGUGGAAUUCGACUCUGCGGUCUCUGCCAAAAAGGCCAUCAAAUUACUGAAUGGUAAGAAGUUGGAUGUGAAACAUAGACUUCUUGUCAACAGUCUGAGUGACAUGGACAAGUUCGGCUCGGAAUCCUUUGAAAGCGAGUUCAAAGAACCAAAACUGCCAGAAUUCCAGCCUACGGACUAUCUGCAAUCGUGGUUGCAGGACGAACAGGGAAGAGACCAGUUUGUCUUGCACAAAAACGACGUGAUCGGCGUGUUCUGGAACAGAAACACCCAGCAGCCAGAAAACGCCGUCGAGCCAAGAUCCAACUGGUCGAACACCACAGUUAAGUUCUCGCCAAAGGGUACUUACCUGUUCUCCUACCAUGACCAGGGUGUUGCUUCGUGGGGUGGUCAGAAAUUCGAACGUUUGAGACGUUAUUUCCAUCCUCAAACCAAGGCCCUAGACGUCUCCCCUACCGAAAAGUAUUUGGUCACCUUGUCGCCAGAACCUAUCUCGGUUCCAGAGAACGCACCAGCAGACUUUCCAUUUGGCCCUGAAUCGAACGGCCACCAACUGUGCGUGUGGGACAUUGCUACAGGUGUUUCGGUCAAGACUUUUGCCUUGCCUCCAGCUCAAGCAUUGCACUGGCCUAUGAUCAAAUGGUCUUUCGACGACAAAUAUUGUGCCCGGUUGGGUCCAAACGCUUUGGCUGUCUACGAUGUCGAAAACAACUUUGAAUUGCUCGGUGGUAAGAUUAUCAAGAUUGAAAACAUCAUGGACUUUUCUUUUGCACCCGCCGGUGUCAAGUUGGCCGUGAACAGAAACAAUGAACUUUCUUCUGUUUUGGCGUACUGGACCCCAGAAUCUAACAAUCAGUCUUGUAAAGCCACUAUAAUGGAGAUUCCUACCAGAAGAGUGCUCAGAAUGGUCAAUCUCGUUCAAGUCUCUGAUGUCAGCUUGAUCUGGCAAGAACAAGCUGAAUUCCUAUGUGUUAAGGUCGAUCGUCACACCAAAUCUGGUAAGACCUUUUUCACAAACUUGGAAAUUUGCAAACUUACCGAGAAAGAUGUCCCUGUUGAGAAGGUUGAAAUGAAGGAUCUAGCAUUGAAGUUUGCCUGGGAACCAACCGGCAAACGAUUCAUUACAAUUUCACAUACCGAAACCGCAGAUGACAAUCCAUCUAUCCCCAAGAAUGUCAUCACUUUCUAUGCUCCAGAAUUGAAGGACAAGAACAACAAGGACGACAGCCAAAAAUGGAAGGCAUGUGCCACUGUUACAGGAAAGUUUUCUAACACUAUUUCUUGGUGUCCAGCUGGCAGAUUCGUUAUGGUUGCCACCUUAGUGACACCAGACACCCGGAAAGCCGAUUUCGACUUUUACGACCUUGACUACACUGGAGAGAAGAAUGACAAUUCUUGUGAUGACGUGACCGCUAAGGUGAAGGCCAUUGCCCAUCCAGAUUUCUAUGGCGCUACAGAUGUAAGCUGGGAUCCAUCUGGUCGUUUCGUGGCCGUGUGGUCUUCCGCUGUCAAGCACAAGCUUGAAAAUGGUUACAAGGUUUUCAACGCCACUGGUGAUGUAGUGAGAGAAGAGCUCAUUGAAAAUUUCAAGAAUUUUGUUUGGAGACCUAGACCCGCCUCUCUACUGACAAAUGCGGAGAAGAAGAAGGUGAGAAAGAACUUGAGAGAAUGGUCUGCUCAAUUCGACGAGUCGGACGCCAUGCAAGCUGACAGUGCCUUGAGAGAGCUAAUCUUGCUGCGUCGUUCCCUAUUGGAGGAAUGGUCCAAUUACAGAGAAGACAUUACCAACGGCAUGGCACAAGAAUACAACUACGAGGUCUACGACCACAUCGAGACCUCUGCUGUUGAUGAAGACUUUGAGGUUGUCGAAGAGAUCAAAGAAGAAAUUCUUGAAGAGAAGGAGGAGCAAAUUGACAGCUUUGAAGAGGCCGAAACUGCCAAUUAA